AUGGCGAUCCGCAAGAAGAGCACCAAGAGCCCCCCAGUCCUGAGUCACGAAUUCAUCCUGCAGAAUCAUGCGGACAUUGUCUCCUGUGUGGGCAUGUUCUUCGUACUGGGACUGAUGUUCGAGGCGACAGCAGAAGCAUCUAUCGUUUUUAUCACUCUUCAGCACAGUGUUACCAUCCCUGCAGCGAAAGAACAAGCCACGGAAUCCAGGUCCCUUUAUAAUUAUGGUGUCAAAGAUUUGGCCACAAUCUUUUUCUACAUGCUAGUGGCAAUAAUUAUUCACGCCACAAUUCAGGAAUACGUGUUGGAUAAAAUUACCAGGCAAAUGCAGUUUCCCAAGACGAAACAAAGCAAGUUUAAUGAAUCUGGUCAGCUUAGUGUAUUUUACCUUGUUUCUUGUAUUUGGGGCACGCUCAUUCUGAUCUCUGAAAACUACGUUUCAGACACUACUGUUUUGUGGAGGGCUCAUCCUCAUAACAUGAUGACAUUUCAAAUGAAGCUUUUCUACAUAUCCCAGUUGGCUUACUGGCUCCAUGCUUUUCCUGAACUCUACUUCCAGAAAACCAAAAAACAGGACGUUCCCCGUCAACUCAUCUACUUUGGUCUUCACCUCUUUCAUAUUGCUGGAGCUUACCUUUUGUACUUGAAUCAUCUGGGACUUGUUCUUUUGGUGUUGCAUUAUUUUGUUGAACUGCUAUCCCAUAUGUGCGACCUGUUUUACUUCAGUGAUGAAAAGUAUGAGAAAGGGUUUUCUCUGUGGACAAUUGUGAUUGUUUUGGGAAGACUGCUGAUUUUAAUUGUUUCGGUACUUACUGUUGGCUUUCAUCUUGCUGGAUCUGAGACUCAGAAGCCGGAUAUCAUUGCUGGAAACUUCAACGUGUUGGCUGCAAAAAUUGCUGUUCUGUCUUCCAGUUGCACGAUCCAAGCAUUCAUAACAUGGAAUUUAAUUACUGUCCAGCUUCAGAGGUGGCGGGAACAAUCUACUUUUGAGGCCCCCUGUGUGAAGAAAAAACGGACAACGACUAAAGGAAGAUCUUCUAGAAAAGGAACAGAAAAUGGAGUGGAAACUUCAAACAGAGCAGACUCCCCCCGUAGUAAGAAAGAGAAAUGACC